AAUCUAAACACAUGUAGCUAGUAGCACCUGGUUGUAUGUUUGGUGAUAAAUAGAGUUAUAUUCUAACUAUUAAUACUUUAGUUUUAUUUCGCGGUUUCUUUCUCGUGUUUGUCGUCGCUUUACGUUAGUUGCGUUAGCCUGGCGCGUUUUUCGGACGCAGGUUGACAAAAUGUCAAGACCAAGGUCCCGAUCACCACGUUCCAGGAGGUUCCCAUGGGAGGAGCCUGACUUUGAUCCUUACAAAGUCCUUGCAGAACUAGACAGGAAUCCAUUGGACAGGAGUCACCGCCCCAGAGAAGAUCGUGAAGAGCACUGGGACCGCUUUGGGGAAGACAUGUACCAAGAAGGUCAGAGAAGAUCCUCUCCUUUCCCAGAUGACCGUCAGUUCGGGCAGCAGCGCCGUCCAGACCAGGAGGAGUUUUAUCGCAGGAGGCCCUCACCCCAUCACGGUGCGAUGGACUACGAUGACCGGAUGUUCUCCCCACAGCGUGACGGAGGAGGAGCUGUAGACAGAAGACGAGGAGGGUUUAGAGAAGACUUCAAGAGUUUUGAAGGCAGGGGGAGGUCGCCCCUCUCUCCCCUGAGGUUGCCAAGGGAAAGCUUGCCACUGACACCAAAAUCUCAUCCAGACCACUCACAGAGAGAGCCUGGGAUGGGCUGGAGUAGAGAGGAGCAGGGCAGAGGACGAGGAAGGUUCAGAGACCUCAGUCCCAGUGUGAGAUCAGAUGACCAAAGAGGUGGAGCAGGUAGGGAAAGAAACAGGAGGAAUGCACAGGAUCCUAACAGAUACGGACGAAGGGAGGAUCCACCCCAAGAGAGGAAACACACUUUUAAAAGGCAAAGAAGAGAAAUGGAUGACGGCAAUCAUCUUGGGUACGGGAAUGAGGAGGAGUUUGGGGAACCGCGUUACUCAGUGGGCACACCCAGAGAUGGGUUUGGAGGAGACACCCACAGGGGCCUCCCCCAUGGGGAAACUCGGCACUCUGGACCACUUGUCAUUGAACACGAUCAUGGCAUCAUUGAGAGCAGAGAACCACCACGGUGGGAGCAAUUUGACGAUCGUGGAGAUCAUGACCUUGAUCGACAGAGGAGUCCACAUCCAACGAGCUCCUCGCAGGAGCGUUUCAGAGCGUCAAACAGCAGGUUGGAAGUUCGGGAAGACACAAGAGGACGCCAAUUUCAAGAUAACUGGAGAGACUCCAACUACCAUGAAACUAGGAGGAGUACUGUGCCGCAAGAUAGACCAAACCCCAUAAGAUAUGGUAAUCGAGGUGGUCCGACAACGCACAGAGGGGCGGGCGGCUCUCGCCCAGGUAGAGGGAGGUUUAAUCGUGGUGGAAGGACGGGGCCACCCAGGAAUCAACCUCCCUCGCAACAGUCCCAGGGGUACCAAGAUCCUCCUCAUGAACAGCAAAGACCGGGGUACCGACCCCUCAGGGAGUACUGCUACGAGGAUCCCAUUGAAGAAGAGCCUAACUGGGCAGAAGAAGACAGACUGCAACAGUUGGAACGUGAAAGACCCCGAAGUCUUGACCGACACCUACCGAGGGCGGACCUGGACCCUAAAAUGCCCCGCAAGAGGUGGAACGAACAGAAAACCAAUGAUGUGGCUGUUGUAACCGAGGAAACGCUAACCAUCAAGGUGGACAUGAGUCGACCCGUAAAUCAAAACAGCCAGAUGUGCUACUCCUCAGACAGACAGCUGUCUUUAGACCUGGUCAACGUUGGUCGCCAGCGUCUGGACUUCCUGCCCAUGCUGGAGCACUCUGGCACGUACCGAGAGUCCGCCAUGCACACUGGGACUUUUGCCCAGGAAAUCAUCACACUGGUGCAUCAUGUCAAAGAGCAGUAUUUCAGAGGUGAUGGAGUCACCCUGAACGAGCGUUUCUCGACUCCCCAAAAAGGCGGCUACACUGAAGAAGAGACGGAGGAGCUGACGCUGGAUGAGAGGUUCAGCUCAAACCGAGGCUUCAGCUUGAACAUUGACUCACUUCUUGAUGAUGACAAGCCGCUGUUCUCCAGACUCGGAGCCACACAGAGUUUAAACCAGCCGCCGAUGCGAGGCCCUGGAGACCUGAGACAUGACCUGGAGAGGAGGAGACAGGAGAGGCUGGAGGGGGUAAAGGUCACGAUACCAGGAAGUAGUCUGUCACAGCAGAGAGCAGCCAGUGAGCAGAACUUAGAUUACAGCGACAAAGACGAGAUGUCUCAGAUGGAGGACGAAGGAUUCUCCAACUGGGCCGAAGAGCCGAGCCGGAGAUGGGAAGGAAACACGGGACCAAGGAGAGGAGCUUCCUACAGGCCGAACACAGGCGCACAACGACGAAACAAUCACUAUGGCAACCGCCAGGGACCAAUGAGGCGACAGAACAACCGCAACAACGCUGCAGGUCCAAACUGGUGAUCUGAGGCUGAACCGGAGAGCGAAGGAUGCUGCUGCUGAUUCCCUGAACCUUGUAAAAAAAAAAAAAACUUAGCCUGAAUGUUUAAAGUCGUAAUGAACUGUGAACGAUGUUUUUAACCUGAAUGUGAAACGUCGACACCUGCAGCUUCUAUUUCUGUUCUUUUUUUUUUUUUUUAGAUUUCUUACCUUCAUUUAAAACCUUUAUUUCAUUUUAUUUUCAUUUAAAAUCAAGAAGUCUCUGAUUUUUAUCUUCGGCUGUGUCGUUGAAGCAGUAAACUCACCAUGCUUGUAUGUUUCUAGAUGUUAAAUCACCUUUUUUUUUUUUUUUUAUAUUAAUCGAUAUUUGUUCCUCCGGCUCAGUUUUCAGUUUAAAUAUGAUCUAUAAUCUUUGUCACGCUGAUUCCUGCCUGUCUCAGUUUUAAUGUUCAUCAGCUGCACUGUCAGUGACACACGAGCUCAGUGUCACUUUUCUUAAUAAAACCACAAACGUCAU